AUGGACGUCAGCCAGCCUAUCGCCAAUUCGCCACCACUACCUCAGGAACAACAGCAGCAGCAGCAAAUAGAAUACUUAUUUGAUGCCGUUCACCCCAAUUUCCCUCCUGCCCUCUUGAUAUACCCCGAUUUUACUUUUAAUUUACAACGGCUUAAUCAAGAAAAUGAACCUGAUUUUGAGGGAGAAUUACCUAUAAGGGCUGAGCAACGCACUGUAUCUAGGCGUGAGGCUAGUGUUGUCGUAGAUCAAUGGAUUGCUGAACUUGAUAAUAAGCUAGAAGAGUUCUUUGCCGAGACAGAAGGUUCGAGUCUAGGUAUACAGAACAUUUCUGGUUUUUAUAUCAAUUCCAUAGCAGUUCAGCACCCUAUCCGUCUUGGGGAAUACGUGCCUUAUCCAGAUAGAUUGCGUGGUUCGAGACAUGUUUUCAAUCCUAAAGGCGAGCAAAAUAUAUGUUUGAUCCAAUGUUUAGCUGCAUAUAUAUGUCUAGCUCAGGGGAUGCAUUUAGAUAACAUCAGAAAACGUUCCAAGUCAGCCAGGUGGUGUCUUAGAUUCGUCCGUUGGAGUGAGGAUAUAGAAAUACCCAUAACGUACGAUAAUAUAAAUAAAAUAGAAAAUAUAAAUAAAUUAAGUAUAUUUAUCUAUGUGCUUACACGUGAAGAUAAUAGGUACUACAUUAGCUUAGCUAGAAAAGGCAGGGAACAUUCUGCUCCUAAAGUACCUUUGCUCAUGUUGGAGGAUCAGCAUCUUGUGCUCAUUAAAGAUUUUAAUCAGUAUGUUCGCAACAUGCGUCGUCAAAUAAGCAGAGCCCCCCAAAAUCAUAUUUACUGUCAUUCCUGUUUAAUUCAUUUGCCACCUGAUGCGAUGCGAGAUCAUGAAGAGUCAUGCGAAGUUAAACAAACAUUGAAAUUUUACCCUGAAGGUCAUAAAAUCAAAUUCCAAAAUUACGGUCGUGCCUAUGGUCCCUCUCACACGGCAUAUUAUGAUUUCGAGUGCUUGUUGGACCUUUCCAAUCCCCAAGGCAUGAUUGAGAAGCGUCACAAAGCCGUGGCAUAUGCUUUUAUCAUCAUCAACAGGGAAUUGGAGGUGGUAGAGAAAUUUACGUAUAUGGGGGAUGAUCCUGUGAAUCAUUUCAUUGAUACUUUGGAGAAAGCAUGGAAGAGAAUCAAAUCUACCAUGCCUAAAUACAAAAUAUCUAUGACACGUGAACAUUGGCAAGCCCAUAGACGUCAAACCACAUGUGAAAUGUGUUAUAGUCCAUUCAAAUCAGAUAACGACAAGCACCGACAUCAUGAUCAUGCUAUUGAAUUUAAUAAUUAUCUUGCGGCCUAUUGCCAAAGGUGCAACAUUUUAUGCAGAAAUUCUUAUAAAUAUUUAUAUACAUUCUCUCACAAUGCUGCUUAUGACCACGGGGUAAUUUUAAAUGAAUUGUCCAACCUCCCUAACCGUGAAAUUGAUAUUGCCUCCAAAGAUGGAUUCAAGUUCAUGAAAGUGGAUAUUGGUAAACUUCGGUUUAUGGAUAGUCUGGCUUUACUAAAUGGUGGGCUGGAAAAACUAGCUAAAGAACAUAUCAAGGAAGGUAAACCGACCACUUACACCUCCGUUAUGCUAGAUGACGUCCCUGUAGCCGCCCACCAUUUAUUAAAGACAGGCAAACAGGUCUUCUGUUAUGACUAUAUUUCAUCUUUGGAUAAAUUAAAUGAACCGGCUCUUCCUCCUCCCGAAGCCUUUUUCAAUAGUUUAAAACACGAGGCCAUAAGCGAGACCGAUUAUACACAGGCUAAAGAAGUCUUUAGAUUAGCGGAAUGCAAGACCAUUGGGGAUUACCUGAAGGUCUAUUUGAAAGUAGAUACUGGACUAUUGUGUGAUGUGUUCACUGUAUGGCGCAAGACCAUGCUUGAGCUGUACAAGUUAGACAUUACACACUAUGUCUCGUUAUCUAGUUUUGCAUGGGACGCUUUCUUGUUUAAGAGUCAAGUUGUCUUGGACUCUAUUUUUGAUCCCCAUUUGUACGAUGUAUUGCGUAGAAAUCUAAGAGGCGGAUUUACCUCUGUUGUGCGGCAACACACAAGUGUACAAAAUGAGCAUACGGGUGCUGAUCCUUCUAGCACCAAUAAAUAUAUUCUUUAUUUAGAUUUUAAUGGCUUAUACGCCACCUGUAUGACAGAACUGCUUCCUCAAGGCGGGAUCCGUAAAUUAUCUACUGCCGAAUGCAAUGAUUGGCUCCAACAAGGAUUGGAAAAUAUUACAUGUGAUGGGGAUAAGGGAUCGUAA